AUGGGUAAUGGGUAUGGCAGUAAUCAAAAUAAUGGACAUAAUAGAGGUAAUAAUGGCAAUUAUGGAAGUGGAAAUGGUGGAGUUAGGAACAAUAAUAAUGGUAAUAAUAAUGACAAUAAUAGUGGUGGUGGAAAUAAUGGGAAUAAUGAUAUCCCUGCUUUGAGAAAAUUGUUUCAGGAGAAAGCAGUGUCUUCUUUGAGAAACUUGACUAAAGAAGAGAAGAAAGCUUUCACUAUUGUAGUUGUAGAGCAAGUGAAUAGAAAUUACCAGUUGAGGAAUAGGAAUGUCAACAAUGAGCAGGGAAAGGCAACAAGUAUUUUUGCCAAGGUCACAAAAUCUGGUAGGACCAAUAAUAACGCAGCCAAGAGUAAGGAUGUAGGUGCCAAGAAAGGGACAAAACCAGAAAAGACUAAAAAAAUGGAAAUGCCAAAGCUCAUUAAGCCUGUAGUGAAGAAACAAGUGAGUAAGCCCAAUUCAAAUUGUAACUCAUUCAUGUCUCAAGCACUAUCCCAGGUGAAGAUAUCUAUGCCUUUGCUAGAAGUAAUAAAAUUUCCAGAUUACAAAAAUGAGGCUUUAAAAAUUAUAUCUAAUGUUGGAGAAAUGAACACAGGAGCAGCAGUAAAUAUCAUGCCAAAAGAUGUGAUGAAAGAGUUGGGAAUGCAUGUUGACACACCUUAUGGUAAGUUCUAUGUCAUGGACAAAAGGAAAAGGCAGGCCCUAAGAGGUUAUAUCCAUUUUAUUGAUAAUAUGGAAGAUCAGUGCAGAAAUCAGGAAGUGGAAGAAUUGGUUGAUGUGAUGGAAGAUUUGGAGAAAAGGUUACAGGAGAAAAAACAAAGGUUGGAGGACCUCCAAGGUGAAGAAGAGGAACGUGCAGAAAGUAAGAAAUUAAGGGAAGCAGUGCUAAAUAUUACCCCUAAGAAUGAAGUAGAAAUGAAGAGGAGGUUGAAGGAAGACAUCAAUGCAGAAGUUGAGAAUAUGACCCCACAGAAGGGGAGGCAAUUACUAGUGGAGGCUAGUAUAAUUCUGUUUCCAGGCUGGGACUUGAGUGCCUCAUUUAAUUUUGAUUCUUUGCUGCACGCGGAUAAUAGGGACAUGAAAUUGGAUAUCCAAGGAGUAAAACAUAUUUUUAUUGGAUCAAGGUUUAACAAGGCUCAGUUGAAAUGGGAACUUUUUGGAAAGCAUAAAUACAAAGCAUUGUAUGAAGAAGUUUUAAAAAGGAGAGGAGAUCCAAUACCACAAGUCAAUGAUUCUAGUACCCAAUGGAAAAAGGAAUAUACUAAAGAGUUGAAGGAAGAGUUGAAGGAAGAGUUCCAGGAUUGCGAGGAGGUUUUCCAGAAUGAGAUUCCUAGUUUGGUUGAUGAUGUAGGGAUUAUCAAGGAUAAAAAUGCAUGGAUCUCAAAAUAUAAGGCUUUACUUAGUGCAGCUCUUAGUGUCGCCCAAGAAGAUACCCUAGAUAUGAAUGAAGCAUUUGACUGGUUAGAGAACCUAAUUAAGAUGGAGAUAGCACUCAGGGAUACCAUAUUUAAUGCAGUCACAUAUAGAGAUGAAGGCUACCUGAAACACAUCAGGAAAUGCAGGAAGAGGCUGCAUGCAAAGAAUUGA